AUGAUACCUCCUACUACGGAACAAUGGCUAGACAUUGCAGCUGGAUAUUUUGAAAAAAGCCAAUUUCCUAAUUGUGUGGGUGCUGUAGACGGCAAGCAUAUUAGAAUUGAAUGCCCUCAAAAAAUUGGAAAGCUUUACUACAAUUAUAAGAAUUUCUUCUCAAUAAUUCUUAUGGGAAUUUGUGAUUCUAAUUACUGUUUUCGCGUCAUUGAUAUAGGGUCAUAUGGCAAGGAAAGUGAUUGUAAUAUUAUUAAACAAUCAUCUUUUGAUGUUAAAGAAAAAAAAGGAGUCGGAAAUGCUCUAUCAGAAGCAAAAAAUGUUAGAGAAUAUUUUGUAAAAUAUGUAAAUAAACCAGAAUUUUCAUUAAGUUGGCAAAAUAAAGUUGUGGAAUAA